ACAGCAAUGACACACAACAUACUGGUUGGAUUUUUGUGGAUUCUUCUCCUAAACAAUGGAACUUGUGAGCCCAGUGGUACUUUUGAGAGGAUCUACUACAGCGAGGAUCAAGUCACCUGCACUGGGAAUUUGUCAUGCACCAUUUCAUCUGUUUGGUGCCUACCCGGAGACAUCGAGGAAGCAACUCAUCCUGUCUUAGUACCAAGGAGCGUGAGGCCGAAGACUGUCCUGCGCUGUAGCAGUGAGGAUUGCCAUCCAUGCGUUCAGGUGGAACUAGACAUGCAUGUCGCCUACCGGUCAGACUGGACCAUGGGCAAGAGUGAAGAUGGCUGUGAAGACUACUACGAAGACAAUGGAGAAGAUGGAGCUUCAUCUGAUGAAGACCUUUGGUCUUCCAGCCCUUGGAAUGACAGCAGUGGUGAGUCUGAUAUUAAUGAACUUGAGCCUUCGCUCUGUGCCAACCUGUUUAUAGCUUAUGUAAUGCCGCCCACGUUAGGAUGUGUUAUGGUGAAGGUCUGGAUGCCUUUAUCUUCUGUUCCAUCGAGCCAGGGAAACACUAGCGUUGAAGUGGGAAAAGUGGUGUUUAACUGUUUGAAUGCCUCGAUAGAUAAUGACAUGGCUCUAAUGUCAUACACCGUACCACGGUACCAAGAGGUUCUGAACAACACGUGUGAAUUACCAGGAUGCAACGUCCUGCGCUUCAUACCGGAGGUGAAGCAAUGCCAAGUUCCUAAUUUGCAGUAUACGGCCGAGGAAUUCGGAAUUUCUGUUGGGAUAACGAAUGGAUCGGAAAAACGCUCCUACGAACUGAAGAUAUUGCAUAAUAAAACAAAGAUAAAACAAGUUACCUUGAAUGGGAAUGAGCGCUAUCACAUUCCAGAAGAAGAUUUAGUGCCGUGCCUAUGUUUCCAAGUUUGGUGGAGCGAUUUGUUUGACGCCCCACGUCCAGAAGACUGUCCAUUUACGAAAUAUGAUCACUUGGAAAAGAAUGUAUGGAAAAAGAGUAACCUGUCGGUGAACCUGCAGAACGAGGUCCUCUUGUAUAAUUUUUCCGCCCCCUGUAAGCUGCCGUCGGUGGAGCUCUCUGUGUGUUGGAAAUACGGCCGAGGGUCUCACUGUCAGGAACUUCCUUCCUCUCGUAGAAAGAUUGAGUCCCAGGGUGCUGAGCCGGUCGGAGAUCUGAAGCUCCACUCAUCCCUCUGCGUCCAGGUGUUCCAGAAAGACCAACGCCGACAUAUUCAGUGUCUGCCUGUCAAUGACUCCCACAGCACAGAGCAAAGAUCUGAAGUCCUCGUGUUGGUAUCGCACCUUCCGGAGAAAAAUGUCUCCUCGCUCUGCCUUAUUGAAAAAGACAACUGUACAGAUUUAUAUAACUCGACGCACCAUAUGGUGAACGGCGCUGGGUUCUUCAAGGAGAAGAUAGUGGAGAACUAUUUUUCUGGCCACUGUAUGAAGAUCUGGAGUAACGGUGGCAAACAAAAGGUUUUUGUCUGCUCGAUGGAUAAGUAUAUGCCACAAAGAUGGAAGGUGUAUUCGGUGAUAGCCUUAUUCUGCGUGCUACUUCUUCUAUACAUAUUCAACAAACAUCUUAGAAAGUGGGUAAAGUUGGCGACUUCGGAAAAAUCACUGGGUGAAAUCUUCAUGGAUCGGAGAGUGUUUAUCGUCUACUCGGCAGAUGACCCAGCUUAUGCAGAGCUCGUGAACGUUCUGGCCACCUCGUUGAAGGAGCUUCGCCUCACGGUGGUUCUGGACCAGUGGCAUCGCGUAGACAUGUGCUCAGUGAACCCAAUGCUGUGGUAUCAUCGACAGAAGUCACUCAUUUGCAAGGAAAAUGGAAUCAUCCUUGUGCUGCUUUCCGAAGAUGCCAACGAGAAGUUCCAUAAGUGGUCUGAUAGGACCUCACAUGAGCUACCCAGCAGAGAUCCAUACUGUGCUUUCGGGGCGGCCCUCAAUUGCAUUCAUCCGGAUUUUCUUGAUGGGUCAGCUGUAGGACGUUAUGUGGUGGCUUCUUUCAGUCGAAUCAGAAUCCCCCAAAUUUUGCAGACUGUUCCUUUUUUUAUAUUACCUACAGAGACGAGGAAACUGCUAAAAGAACUGUCAGGGCCAAACAGAAGGAAACUCAAAAAGAAACAACUGAACCGCCUCUCCGCUGCGGUCAACGAAAGACUACAGAAACUGAGCGAUAAAUAUCAAUGCAACGGGCAUCAGAAGACGGGGUCCAGCGUGUCCAGCAGGGAGACCUUAUCUGUGAACUAUGAGGGCAACGAGCCGGUGGAGAUAUGCCCGUUAAUUUAACUUAUGGGCACUGAAGGUUAUUUAUUAAGAACAAUUUAUGGUACAAAAUGUUAUAAACCCCUUUUGGUUGCCAUGGUGAUAAAACCCUCUUUUCCCAUCAAAAUUCUUCUUUAUAACCUAUUAUUGAAUAUUUUCUAGACCAGUUGGGGCGAAGUUGGUUUUCUUCAUGGAUUGGAAUACAACGAAGAUGUGGAAAAAAUGGGGAAAAAAAGACUAUUUGUGAAUUCAGUACAAAUUUUAUUGUACAUUCAGUACUGAAACCUGAGAAUGUUCAACGAAUCGUUAAGAAAAGCCUCAGUCUCUCCAGAACAUGUCAUUGUCUGUAGCUUAAGUGUCAUGUAAAGAUACAUAGUAACACCGUUGCAUUAAGUGGCUGCUACAACAAUCAUAGACUUCAUGGGAGAGGGUAUCCACUGGCAUUGUCUAAGCUGCAUGGGUUGUGAUUGGAUAAUGGAAAGCCAUUCUCCUCUUCUGAUUGGCAACCUGAUCACUGUAUUCAUCAAGACCUGUAAGCACCUGAUCAGGUUCCCAAGAACCACCGAUCAGAGGACUCUUCAUGAAGAAUUUGGGGAACAUGAACGAAUGAAUGAAUGAAUAAAUGAAUGAACAAAAAUGAAUGAAAGUCACUCCAGUCUUAUAUGUCGUAGAAAACAGUCUCUUCUGCUGAUAUUCAGCUCUCUUAUCUCCUAUAACUCUGUUAUUUAGUUUCUGUGAAACUAUCUGCACACUCAUUGCAGGAAUCCAAUGAAGGGAGGACUCAGGUGGAUCACAUGUUAAGCUAUGUUAACAAUUAAACAUUAAGAUACUUUA